GGCUGUCUUGUUGCCGAGCUAACAGAUGAUCAAGACUACCCAACAGAGCUGAGGUUGAAAACAGUCUGUGCCAGAUAGACAUGAUUCAACAUUCGCCCUCCAUGGAUAGCGUAGUUCGGUGUCUGGUCAACGACUCGCGACUGGAGAUCAUGCUCGUCAGGAUAGUGAAGUGUACAGCUGAUAGUUUCAGCAUGUCGGUAGAAUACCAAGUAACCGCCACCGGCCCGGUCGGUUCCGUGGUCGACGCCAUGCUUGUCGACCUCGUCUACCUCGACCGGCCCUUCGGCAAGGUGCAGCUGCCCCAGACGAAGACGCGCUUCAACGGCACCGACGUGCACUUUUACGACCAGACCAUCCACGUCACCGACAUGUCCAUCUGGCUGCAGCUCUUAUCGGACCUCACUCACAAGGAGAAAUUGGUGUACCAUCUCCGCAAUGGCGAGGCCCAUCUCAAGGGCCCGUUUGGGACGACAGCGCAGUGUGGGUACAACAAGGAUAUCCAUGUGUUGGGGAUGAACGGGCUCCCAGUCCUGAUCAAGGAUGUGGAUCGGGAGGAAAGGAAGGUCACGCUGACCAUGAGAAAUCUGAGCACCUUUGAGCUUGACUAUGGUCCGACGGUCUUUGAGAUUCAGGAGGGUGGAGGGAAAGGGCAGUGGAGAACGAUUGCGAGGUUGAAGGGCGACUUCUUUACUAAGCGGGGAGAAUUUCAUGUUGCCUUGGAGGUCGAGACGGUAUCAUUGGACGGCGAAAUCGACCACGCUCAAGGGGGUGAGGUGAAGGAGGGUGGGAUGAGGCCAGCAGCAAAGACGUUGGGGUUGGAUGCGGAAAAGACAUACCAUUUCCAAGGCGUUGGAACGGACAAGGAGGGAGCAUGGACAAAUGAAGCGAUCAAGUUUAUUCGAAGCCCGAUCUUGUUGACGGAAAGAUUUAUUUCUUUGUACUGA